GAGGCCACGGAGGCCCGACUCCGGCUCCGGCUCCGGCUCCCUCGGUCUCUGGCUCCCCUGGGGCUGCCCUGGAACUCUCUGGUGCCGCCCGCCAUGCACUCGGCUGGGCCCCAGCGGGCCGAGUCCCACUUGAGCAAGCAACAGGAGAAGGAUGCGGAGCUGGACCGGAGGAUAGCUGCCCUCCGCAAGAAGAACCAGGCCCUGCUCCGCAGGUACCAGGAGAUCCAGGAAGACCAGAGGCUGGCAGAGCAGGGGGGUACAGCUGGGCCACCCACUGAGCAGCUCCAGCCCGAUGGCCUCACCAUCACCGUCAGCCAGGGGAAGCGGGUGGUCAGCCGGAACUGGGUGCGCCGCCUGCCCGGACCAGGAGUGGCUGAGGACAGUCUGGAGGAUGAUGAGGCCGCGGGUCCAGCAGGGGCUUUCUGCCUGGGGGAGCGGGUGGAGCUGGCGGUGACUAUGGAGAACAAAGCCAAGGCCAAGCGGAUUGUCAGUGAGAAGCCCCCGGGAGCCCGGAGCCAGACUCAGACAGCCAACAGCUCAGCCUCUGCCCGGAAGGCUGCUCGGGAGGCCCGGGGUCCAGGCCAGGGCACGAGCCCAGGCCCCGGCAGGAGCCCCCCGGAGGUGGGCUGGGACUACGCCCAGUGGAAGCAGGAGCGGGAGCAGAUCGACCAGGCACGCCUGGCACGGCACAGGGAUGCACACGGGGAAUGGCGCCGCCCGUGGGAUCUGGAUAAGGCCGCGCCCAUGCCACAGCACUUCAGCAAGCCUCGGGAAGAGGGCCUGGCCAGGGCAGGCAGCGCCAGGGGUCCUAGGAGCCCCCGAAAACUUCAGCCCUCACUAUCGCCCCCUGGUGGCAAAGGUGGUACUCCUCGGGGUGGGCAAGCCAGCAGACCCUCUGGGGCACCAGCCCCCCGCAGCAAGGCCUGGGGGAUGGAAAGGCUGACGGGCAGGGCCCGAAGGUGGGACGCGAAGGAAGACAAGGAGCCCGAGAGCCAGGAGGGAGGCCAGAGCAGAAACUCGGCGGAUGAGAAGGCCAAGCCUCAGAAGCCGGGGGCGCCCAUGGGGCCCAAGCCAGGCAGCGCCCCCAGCCCCUGCCCGGCCUCCCCAGAGGGGCCGAAGGAGGAGUCAGCAGCCUCGCCGGCCACUGCAGUCCCUCCCUCGCCACCACACACUGACUUGGCUCCCCUCGACCUUUCUUUGGGAGGGGCCAGUAGCCUUGGGUCCAGGGAGGGCAUGAGUGUGCUUGGCCCCAAGUCGGGGGCCCAGGAGAGCCCCGGGGCCCAGCCUGGGGGUUCUGAGCAGCCCUCUGUGUCGCUCGGUGCCCAGACCGGGCCUGAAGUCCAAACUUGCUCUGAGUCACCAAGAGGAUCGGGGCCCCCUGAGACCAGAUUGGACAGCAAGGCUGAGGCCCAGCAGGGCCUGGCACCCCGAAACCGGCCCUCCAGAGGGUCUGGGCAAAGGACAAGGGGCACAGAAGGUGGGAGGAGCAGGACGGGAGGUCCUGGCCACGCAGGGAGGUGCUGAGCAAGCUGCGAGGGGGAGGAGGAGGGAAGAACAGUCUGGAGCUGUCUGCGUGAGGGGCGGCUGGUGGCGGCAGGGCGGCUGAGCGGUACACAGGCUCCCUGGGAGAGGGACACAGUGAAGGCCAGGAGCGGGCCCGCCCGGCACCUCCCGGGCACGUCCGCGUGCAGGCCCAGCCCCUGGUCUAUUCCCGGCCACAGCUGCUCUCUGAGGCUGCCCGGGACACGGCCCUCCUGCCCUGCAUCCAGUGGCCUCUCUCUGCAGCUGCUCAGGUGCGGGCAGCCGCAGCAGCGGGCAUGGCCGGCAGAGGCCAGCCCCGUUCCCACGCCCCUGCCUUGCACCCAGGUGACUCACAGUCCGAGUCACAGGGAGGCCAAACCAGGGCGUCACGGCAACCGGCUGGCAGCCUCUGCCUUUUGGAGAGACAAACUGAUUCCCAGAGAGAGGGCGGCCCCACAGCUGGCAGGGACAGAGCCGGGGACUGGGCAGCAGAAAUCAGGUUCUUUCGGCAGGAGAGGGUUCAGGAAAGGCGCCCCCUCUCAAAUGGGCUGGGGGGGCUGCCCCAGGGACCCCCUUUGUGUCCAGGUCAGACAGCAGCGCGCCCUGGGCUGAGCAAGUGAGUGGGGCCCCUGCUGCCCUGGGUGCCUCCUGUCCUCUCCCCGUGCCCCUCCUCUCUGCACCAGGGCGUGGGGGCUCGGUGAAACCCAGGCCUCUGCCAAAGCGGGGAGACAGAGGGAGCAGCAGCCCCGGGAGCUAAGGCCUCGGGGUGCUCCUUGCUCGGUCUCCCGUUCCUGUCCCUCCGCGGAGGCCCACGUCUGGUGAAUGAUCCGGACUCCGCACAAGCUGUGGCUGCCUUUCAAUUCAACAAACAUUUCCUGCGCGCCCACUCCCAGCAAUGCAGCCGGUGGGCGAUGGUGCUGCGCCAGCUGGGGGUGGGAAGGAAGCAGGGAGCCGGGGGAGCCAGGCUGCGUGGCAGGCACGGAUCCUGGCGCCAGGGCCUGACCGGGGCUGGGGAAGGGAGGAGCCCGGGGCACUGCCCCACCGCCUGCUGGCAAAGGCCUGCAUCGCCUUUUUCUAGUCACGCGUGGCUCCUGCCGGGAUCUUCCCAUGAGGCAGCCCCUGCCCCCUGCCAUUAUUGCUCCUUUCUGAUCAGGCCUUGGCCUCGCCGGCCCCUCUGGGCUCUCGAGAGUGUACCCAGAUUCUUCUCAAGGUUUCCCCACUGUCCCACGGGCCUAAAUCAAGGGUCACAGUGGGACUUUCCCACUCUCCUGCGCUUCACCCCGCACCCCUCUGCUUGGGAAGGACUGGGGGCUCACUCCCGCCGUCCAGGCCUACGGGAGGGAUGCUUCACACACCAGGGCGUGCAGAGCAGUGAGCUAAUGAGAGCAGGGCCAUGUGGGCCUGAGGAUUUGUGUUGCCGAGAGGCUCCAGGCGAGGCUGAGGUGACGGGAUCAUCAACUACACUUUGAGUGUUUGGACUAGGGCACAGCAGGGCUAGGGGUGGUGACGCGUCUCCACCAGGGCUGCUCUGGAGGGUGGGGACAGGCUACUGGCAUCUAAGGCAUCCUCACCCAUGGGGCUGGGGGACUGCCUGCUUCUGCAGUGGAAAGCUGGCCAGGCAGGGGUGAGGAGAAGGAGAGACUGUGAAGGGGCAUUGCUGAGAGGGCUUGGUGACUGGGGCUGGGUGAGGGGGAGACAUGACCCUGAGGCAUGACUAGACGGGCGUGGAAGAGUCCAAGCUGGCCGUCUUCUUUCUUCCGUCUUGGAACCAUAACCCCCAGAGCAGUGGCUGUGAGACGGCAGGUUCCAGGCGUCAAGAAUCAUCGUGAUCGGGAACCAAAACGCUAAGGGCUGAGAGGAAGUACAGGCAGGAAGGUGCAUGUAGUCAGUCUGGUUCCAUCCCCAACAGGAUCCCCCAAGCACUGCGAGGAAUGAUCCCUGGAACCAGAAAUAACCCUAAGCAGCACCAGGUGUGACCCACCUGACCCCACUUCACAGAACAAAAAUUCAUAUUCUAAGAUUUCCACAACCCCCCACCCCCAGCCCUGAUGGUGCCAAGGGUACGAAAUGUCAUGAAAGGGCACGUACUGAGGCGGGUUUGGCUGCGGGCUGGUGCCAGGCUGGUUGUCCCUGAGGAGCACGAGAGAAAGUGGGACAGAGGGCUAAGGGGAAACAGGGCUUCCCUCCCACAGCAGUAGGAGGAAGGACGCCACGGGAGGAGCAAGGGGAGCCCGGCACCGGGCAGCUUCUCUGUGGAAGACGAGUACAAGGCAAAGACUCCUGACUUCCAUGCAAAAAUGGGGUGAACCAGCAAACAUGGCAGCCACCCCUCCUGCUCCCUGGUGGGUCCAGUGAGGGACCCGAGGACAGGCUAGAUGUCCCUCGACCAGUCCUGGGGUCAUGCAAGCCUGAUGCUGGUGCUCCCGGCCCCUUGUUUAAAGACCUGACUGGGGACCUCCCCAUGGAUGUCCUGUGCUCCCUCCCAUAGGCAAGGGUGAUCCUGAGAGGGAGAUACUCAUGAGACAAUGUUCCCAAACCGCGGCCACAGAGAGAGGGCACAAGGGCACAAGUGGAACUGCAGACAUCUCCAGCCUGGCCUUAGAGAAGGGUGUGCAUUUGGCAGCAUGGCAGCAAAGGGGACAACAGGCUUUGGUGGCUAACAGUCUGAACCAGAACCCUAGAUCUGCAAAGUGCUAAGCAAGGGGACUUUGAUCUAUUUGAACCUCCCUGAGCCUCAGUUUUCUUAUCUGAGAAAGGGGGCCAGGGAUCUGAACCUUGAAGGGUUGCUGAGAAAGUAGUGGAGCGAGCAAAACUCAGACCACAGAAGCUUAGUUUCCGUGGGCCAGCAGC